ACCUCAUGUUCCUAGUCGGAUUCGUUAACCACUGAGGGAACUCCUGAGAGUAGCUGUGUUUUAAACAGUCCUACAAGGAAAUGAGACAGAUGACACUGGCUCCCAUGAGGACUGGUUCAGACCAGACCCUGGGUCAGGCACGAAGGAGAAUGAGAUAAAAUAAGACACGGGUGCUGCCCUGGUGGACUUAUCAGACCACAGGGGGCUCAUGCAGCAUGAAAUGUUCUCAGGUAAGUGAUGAUACAGGUGCCCCAAGGGACCUCGUGGGAGUGUGGCUGGGGUCGGCGUGGCAGAGGGGAGUCAUGGAUCCAGUGCCCGAGGCCUCCCCCACAGAAGGUCCUUCUACCCCCAGUUUGGCCCUAACGUCCAGGCAGUCAGGGCUGGGGUGUCUGAUGGGUGAAUCAGAAAUCACAACACGACCCAGUGGCUUUGUGAUGCCGGCUGUCGGGUGAGUUCCCCGGACCAGACAUCAAAGUUAAAUAUCACUGCCCUUCCCCAGGUCUGACUGGAAUCGGUUGGUGGACUCCCAGAGCAGUGAUCCUCCUUGGGAGGGCCCGCACCCCCGCAGCAGGGUUUUAGAAAUUUGUGGGGGCAUUCUGGGCUGUCACUGUGGCACUUAGAGUUCUCCCACCUCUCUUCUGGGAGCCUGACGUCUGGGCACGCCCUCCGGGACCAUCUGCUCAGGGAAGCGAAGGCUCCUCGAUGCAGAAGGAGGGUGCGCUCUGCUCCCGGUGCCCAGAAGGACGGGGUACCCCACCUACCUGAUGUAGCCCACCUGGGGCCGGUGCUGCAGGAACCAGCGAUAGGACACCUUGUCCUUCCAGCCCACGUUCCUGGAGUCCUUCCACAGCAGCCUGACCUGGUCGCUGGUGUCCCCCGUGUGCCACAGGGAGUUGCGGAGAUGCUCCCCUGGUCCUGUCUUAGACUUAACCGCCUGGACAAUGACAUGCGCGAGGUCUUAGAACAACACACAGACCACCCUUCCCACAUCCCUAGGGUGGGGAGUAGGUGGGAAUUCAUGGGGUUAGGGUCCGGUGGCUUUGGAUCUGGGCACGAAGCAAAAACCCUGAAAUGCCAUUUCUACUGCAGUGACGCCCAACCUUCUGGUCAUCAGCUGUGGAUGCAUUCCACUGGCCCAGCCCAUGUUCUUCCUGCUGUAGAGCCAUCGCUCCCCCAUGUGGCAGUGAGGACUCUGACAUCUGCCUUUCCGUGUGCCAGGGGUGAUGGAGGCAGCCUUCCCACACGAAGUUGGCCGCAUCAAGGAAACACACGAGCCCGUUUCCUGAAUGGGUACCCCCCCAAAUCUUCCCCACCUCCUGGGCCUUACUGGGCUGACAUUCUCACCCUCAGCCCCCCAGUGGAGCACGUCGCUCGCACACGGGAGUGGAGGUCCCUGGAUGAGGCCACCAGAUGGGGCGCAGAGACCAUUUCCCACAUCUUCAACCUGUUGCAACAAGGGUCGGCCCUUGGGAAGCCUGAUGGCGUUUCCUUGCCGAUACUCUUCACUGUGUCUGGUCACCUGAGGGCCAGAACCAUGCCUGGAGCUUUGCCUGUGUUAAUCUUUUAUUUUCAUCAUCACUUGCCAGAUGCAUUAAUCCUCUACUUUGCAGAGGAAGAAAUUGAGACGCAGAGACUGAGAAGUAUGUUUAAGGUCACUGGCAUGUACUCUGCGGCAAGGAUGCGGAGCACAAGGACAGAGAUGGGACUUUAUAGGAGCCAUCCUUGAGCAAAGCUGGGCUUGAGAGCUGCUGACGGUAGGGCAGCCUCUAAGAAGGGGCUGGGAAGGGAGGCUACGUUUCUUCCUGCUUUGCCUUGUAGACGUUUGCCUUUCCCCCUCUCAUCCCUGCCCUGCUGCCCUGUGAUUACUUAUGGAGAUGAAAGGGUUUGACGUCUUGGACUACAGGUGCCUCGACGGCAGUGAUGUUCGUUUUGAUGUUCCUCUGGCAUCUGAUCCAGCCCCAUGUCAUAACAUAGGGACUCCAUCCCUGUGGGGCUAGAUGCAUUGACAAUAUUCAUCUGCAUAGAACUGUUUCUCCCAAAUAAAGAAAACCAAGAGAAAAAAUUCCAAGGAUUGGAAUGAAUUAACAGUGAUCCCUCAGCAAACUCACAGCUUUCUAUUUGGGGAUGAUGGCGAGGCUUUCCUGAGCUGAAAGAAUUGAAGAGCAAAUGAGCUCCUAUCUAUGGAGUGCUACCAAUGUAACAGCAACUGUGAUAUGUACUUUCCAUCACUUAACUCAAACUGGACAAUAGUCCCAGGAGUUACGCUCCACGGUCACCCCUCUUUUACAGAUGAGAAAAAACUGAGACAAAGAGAUUAGGUAACUUGCCUGAGAUUAAGGGAUGUGUACGUGGCGGAGCUGGGAUAUCUAUGAGCUGUGUCACUCCAGAGCCCCUCUCUAAAGCGUGAUGCUAUGCUGCCUCUCCUGUAACAGAUGCUCAGUUGCGUGAGCACUGAGUGGCCCUUCCUGAUUCUGUCACUGCCCCCAUACAGAACUUCCAGUGGAGGUGCAGUGACCCUGACCAGACGCAGGGCUAUUGUCCCUCUAGUGGCUCCAUCUACCCAGAGAGAUCCCAAAGCGUGGUAGCAGCAGAAAGCUCUGAGAGAGGAAAUUUUGUCUGGAUUUUUCCUCUGGCCCUAUGCAGCUGGGAGACGUGCCAUACCUGUCCUGAUUGGUGUCACAGGAGUCCCCAACCAGAUCAUUAUCCACGUCAGACUGCAGAGAGAACAGAACGUGUUAUUUCUCCCUGGGCCUGCAUGCACAGAGUGUUCCAGAGAAGGCAGACCUUGGCCCAUCAUCCCUGGAGCUCAGGAAUUAUUUCUCUGGAACUGGGGUGGUGCAAACUGCAAAAGGACAACACCAUAUUGGUGUAGGCACAAUGCUGAAUUUUCAAAAAAGCCUUCCAAAAUAUCAAGCUCUGAGGACGGGCUGCCCACACACCAGAUGAGCCGACUGGAGCAGGGCGCCGGGGCAGCACGGUGAGCGGAGACGUGGCUCGCGGGCCUGGGUCGGAAGGGAGCCAGCCACACGCCCGGAGACGCAGCACACGGAUCUUGCUUUGUUUCAGGUUUGCGGAACUGAGCCAGCCGGGCAGGGAGUCAGAGGGCAACUGUGACGUCCCUCUCCCAGGGCUUUAAAAAUACGUGACACAUGGUACCCAGUUCUCCAGACAGGAAGGAGGAGAGCGCAGGCAGACAGCUCAUCACUGAUUGAACCUAAUUGGAAAUGUCCAUCCAGAGGCUGCUGCAGAGGUUUGGGGAUGAAAGGAACACGAGGUGCCCAAAGCUUAAUUUCCAUGUUACAGUUUUCUUUGAGCAGAAGAGAACGUGUGUGGGGCAUCAUUAAACUCCUAUCACUAAUGUCACAGGGACCAUACCACCUUUGGGAUUAGUCUGGACGCCUCAGCUCUCCCCUAACGCUUUCCCCAUCACCUCCACGCCUAAGUAUACGACUCCACCGCUUCUGCCAUUAGGAAUAAGGCAAUAGCAAAGAGCUGGGCAAGAGG